AUGAUGCCGCAUCUGCACGAUGCUCGCCUGGGGCGACAGCUGAUGGAGGACUCCGAGUACAGCGCCAGUAGCAGCAGCAACAGUAACGGCAGUGAGGAUGAUGAUGAUAUUGAAGGCUCCAGUGAGUACUAUGACAGCGAUGAGGAGCAAAGUGAAGGCAUCAGCGACGACAGUAGCAAUGAGUCGUUGCCACGUUUGCUCUCGCCAUCGACAUUUCAUCGCAUCUCGGAGACGCUGGGCGCAAUCAACACGGUGGGGCACAUGCUGGUGGACAUGACGCGUGGUGGACAGGAGUCCAAGGCGGAGAAUGCCAGCAGCAAUAGCAACACUAGCGAAAGCAUUUCAGCUGUUAGCUCAACAACCACUGAGCUGAGCACCACGUCAACAUCCUCGUCUUUGGGCAGGGCAGAACCGUUGCCUGGCAUCUCUGGCAAGAUUUUAGACACAACAACAACACUGUCAGCCAACAGUUUGCUACCAGCGGGUAAGCCAGCUAAUCUGAGUGCCAUACAAGUGGCCACCAAGCGCAUUGGUCAGGAGGAGCCGCAUGGCAAGCCUAUGUUUGUGGAGAACAAGGAGGCCAAACAGCAGAAGAAGAAACGCAAGAAGAACAAAAACAAGCAAAAGGUUAAAAAGCCCAAUGAGGAGCUGACACAGCCGACGCCACAGUCACAGCAAAAGAUCAAAAUACCAACCACACCACGCACCACAACCACCGCCUCCACCACUAGCACUAGCACCACCAUUAGCUCAACAGCACUGCGACCACUAGACCAACUGGCAUUGGCUAGCGAUGAUACGGGCACGGCCAAGGAUGUGGAAAACUUUUGUAAGACGCCCAGUGGACGACCAGGACGCUGUGAGGAUCUCAGUAGCUGUCCAGCUCUGCUUCUCAAUCUGAGCAGCCUGCGUGAGUCGCUCUGUUUCAAGAGCCUCUUUGUGCCCGGCGUCUGUUGUCCUCUGUCUGCUGCCGCGACGGAGAGUUCCACAGUGCUGACCACACAACGUCCACUGAGGCUGACCACGAAGCCACCCACCAGCACCACCACACCGGCCACAACCACCAGACGUACCACUCUGCGACCCACUGUACGACCCAGUUCUCGACCCACCUCCGGCCUGGUGCUUAUACCGCAAAAGAAGCCAUCGACCACAACAACCACAACCACUGAAGUGCCACUGGAGCCAGAGGAUCUAGAUGAGAUCGCUAAUAAUAUUGUGGAUCCGGACGAGUGUGGACAGCAGGAAUAUUCAACAGGUCGCAUUGUCGGCGGCGUUGAGGCUCCAAAUGGUCAAUGGCCUUGGAUGGCGGCCAUCUUUCUGCAUGGCCCAAAACGCACGGAGUUCUGGUGUGGCGGCUCAUUAAUUGGCUCCAAGUAUAUUCUCACUGCGGCUCAUUGUACGCGCGAUUCCAGACAAAAGCCGUUUGCAGCGCGACAGUUUACUGUGCGUCUGGGUGAUAUUGAUCUUUCCACGGAUGCAGAACCCUCGGAUCCGGUAACCUUUGCUGUCAAGGAGGUUCGCACCCAUGAAAGAUUCUCUCGAAUUGGCUUUUAUAAUGACAUUGCAAUUCUUGUGCUGGAUAAACCGGUGCGUAAGUCUAAGUAUGUUAUUCCCGUUUGUCUGCCACGGGCAGGAAGAAUGCCACCAAAGGAUCGUCUGCCUGGACGCCGUGCCACAGUCGUUGGAUGGGGCACCACUUACUAUGGCGGCAAGGAAUCCACGAGUCAGCGGCAGGCGGAGCUGCCCAUCUGGCGUAAUGAGGACUGUGAUCGCAGCUACUUCCAGCCCAUCAAUGAGAAUUUUCUCUGUGCUGGCUACUCUGAUGGUGGAGUCGAUGCGUGUCAGGGUGACUCUGGUGGUCCAUUAAUGAUGCGCUAUGACUCGCACUGGGUUCAACUGGGCGUGGUAUCUUUUGGCAACAAGUGCGGCGAGCCUGGAUAUCCCGGAGUCUACACUCGCGUCACGGAGUACCUCGACUGGAUACGCGAUCACACGCGAGACUAAGCGGCUUCUUAGUUGUAACUGUAGCUAGGUUAAUGUACACGCUAGUCUAUGUACGUUUAAUGUUCACUCUCCCUAACUAUCGCUGUUUAUAUUUAUUGAUACCUGAACAUAUUGCAAUCCAACUGUUUACUAUAUUAGUUGUGUUUAGCAUUUGUUAUGUAAAUUAUUUAAUCUUAACCGAAAAUAAACACCUUAAUGAAAUGGAGCGUGAAAAA